AUGAAACACCCCAUCAUUCAUCCCUCCAUUGAUCGCAAAUACAUUCUUUACGCCAUCGUCCUUCUUCUCGUUUUCACACUCGUUCCUCUCUCCCUCUUCACCACCUUCAUCUUCUCACCAGCCACAAAUGUGAAACCCACAUCGACGAGACACAUCUGGAUUUUAGUUCCAUUGUUAUGGGCUCUCAUUGCCUUGUUGCUUCUCGGAGUGGGAUGGGCCACCGUAUUCGUCAUGCAUCGAGCUUCGAGUUUGUUGCGAGAACGAGACAAACAAACGAAAUUCAUGAUGGAGGAUGUGUUAAAACACUUCAAGAUGCUUCCGAGUGAAAAUCAAGCACAACAACAACCGUUGAAAGGAGUACAUGAAGGACAGCAGCAAGUGGCCACCUUGAAUCAACCAGAAGAAGGUCAUGCACAGGAGCAAGCACAACACCCUUUAAGGUUUACGUUUUGUCAUCAACCUUCCGUGAUGAGAAGAGACAAGAAACAACCAUCCACUAGUAUGUCAUCGUGUCCUGCUGCUUUGCGAGCUCGAAAUGACACAUCAGCUCUUGCCAUUCAAGACGAUGAUGAAAGAGAGGGAAGGCAAGCUUCACUCCAGCCAUCAUCGACCACAGCUGCUUCCUUAUCAUGA